AGAAGCUAAAAGCCUGAAAGCGAACUAAUUUUGAGUGAAAGGUUAUAACUUUUUGUGUUAUCGAUGGCGGUUUCGGAGCAGAGCCAAGACGUGUUCCCGUGGCUUAAAUCGUUGCCGGUUGCUCCAGAGUUCCGACCUACUUUAGCAGAGUUCCAAGAUCCGAUCGCUUACAUUUUUAAGAUCGAAGAAGAAGCUUCUAGAUACGGAAUCUGUAAAAUUCUGCCUCCAGUACCUCCUCCUUCUAAGAAAACCUCGAUUUCUAACCUCAACCGUUCUCUGGCGGCAAGAGCGGCGGCGAGGGUUCGUGACGGCGGUGAGAGUUCGUUUGAUUACGACGGUGGUCCCACAUUCGCCACGCGGCAACAGCAGAUCGGUUUUUGCCCUAGGAAGCAGCGUCCCGUGCAGAGACCUGUGUGGCAGAGCGGAGAGCAUUACAGUUUUGGUGAGUUCGAGGCCAAAGCUAAGACCUUUGAGAAGAAUUAUCUGAAGAAAUGUGGAAAAAAGAGUCAACUCUCUGCCCUAGAAAUGGAAACACUUUACUGGAGAGCCACUGUGGAUAAGCCCUUCUCUGUUGAGUAUGCCAAUGACAUGCCUGGCUCGGCUUUUAUCCCUCUGAGUCUGGCAGCUGCAAGGAGGAGAGAGUAUGGUGGUGAUGGAGGAACAGUUGGUGAGACAGCUUGGAACAUGAGGGCAAUGUCUAGAGCCGAAGGAUCAUUGCUUAAGUUCAUGAAAGAGGAGAUCCCUGGAGUUACAUCACCAAUGGUGUAUAUUGCUAUGAUGUUUAGCUGGUUUGCUUGGCAUGUGGAGGACCAUGACCUUCAUAGUCUUAAUUACUUGCAUAUGGGUGCUGGUAAGACUUGGUACGGUGUGCCAAAGGAUGCUGCUGUGGCUUUUGAGGAGGUGGUUAGGGUCGUUGGUUAUGGUGGAGAGCUUAAUCCUCUUGUUGACCAAGAAGAAGAUGUUAAUGACUCUAUUGCUGUCUUCUCAGUGACCAUUUCUACUCUUGGUGACAAGACAACUGUGAUGUCACCUGAAGUUUUUGUUAAAGCUGGAAUACCUUGUUGCAGGUUAGUACAAAAUCCUGGAGAGUUUGUCGUCACUUUUCCAAGAGCAUAUCAUUCAGGGUUUAGUCACGGAUUCAAUUGUGGAGAAGCAUCUAACAUUGCAACUCCCGAAUGGUUGAGAGUGGCUAAAGAUGCUGCUAUCCGUCGAGCUGCUAUAAAUUACCCUCCAAUGGUUUCUCAUCUCCAGUUACUAUAUGACUAUGCAUUGGCUCUGGGUUCUAGAAUGCCAACAAGCAUCAACACCAAACCACGGAGUUCUAGAUUGAAAGAUAAGAAAAGAAGCGAAGGAGAAAGAUUGACCAAAAAGCUGUUUGUGCAAAACAUUAUCCACAACAAUCAAUUGCUCUCUUCUCUCGGAAAAGGAUCCCCAGUGGCCCUUCUCCCACAGAGUUCUUCAGAUAUAUCAGUUUGUUCUGACCUACGAAUUGGAUCCAAUUUGAUAACUAACCAGGAAAAGCCAAUCCAAUUAAAGUCUGAGGACUUAAGUUCUGAUAGUGUUAUGGUCGGUCUCAACAACGGUUUAAAGGAUACCGUUUCAGUAAAAGAAAAGUUUACAUCUUUAUGUGAAAGGAACAGAAAUCAUCUGGCAAGCAGUGAGAAGGAAACUCAAGAAACUCUGUCUGAUGCUGAAAGGAGGAAAAAUGAUGGAGCUGUUGCGCUUUCUGAUCAAAGGCUAUUCUCUUGUGUUACAUGUGGAGUCUUAAGCUUCGAUUGUGUAGCUAUUGUUCAACCUACAGAAGCAGCAGCUAGAUAUCUCAUGUCUGCAGAUUGUAGCUUCUUCAAUGAUUGGACAGUUGUUUCCGGGUCUGCAAAUCUUGAAAGCACGGAAAAGCAUGAUGUAGAUUACUUCUACAAUGUUCCUUCUCAAACUACGGAUCACUCAAUGAAUACAGGUGAUCAAAAAACUUCAACAGUGUCUCUAACAACAGCUGAUAAAAAAGAUGGUGCUCUUAGUUUGUUAGCUUCAGCGUAUGGAGAUUCUUCUGAUUCUGAGGAAGAAGAUCACAAAGUCUUAGAUGCUAUUCUCUCGGAAGAUAGAAAGUAUGACCAAAGUGGUUCUUGUGCAUAUGAAGCAUCAUCUUUUGACACAGAUGGCAAAGAGGAGGCUAGAGAUGGUCGAUCUUCUGAUUCUAACAGACAAAGACUUGUAUGUAGGAAAGAGACAGGGGUUGUUGAGGGCUCAAAUGCUACUUCAACUUGUUCGACGCUUUCUUGCACCACUGAACAUAGUAGGCUAAGCAAAGGCAGCAAUACAUCUCUACCCUUUGUUCCAAGAUCUGAUGACGAUUCUUCGCGAUUGCACGUGUUUUGUCUUGAGCAUGCUGCAGAAGUGGAACAGAAACUCCGUCCUAUUGGGGGAAUUCACUUAAUGUUACUGUGCCAUCCAGAGUAUCCCAGGAUAGAGGCUGAAGCAAAGAUAGUUGCCGAAGAGCUUGUUAUCAAUCACGAAUGGAAUGAUACUGAAUUCAGGAAUGUGACCCGAGAGGAUGAGGAAACGAUUCAAGCAGCGUUGGAUAAUGUUGAGGCUAAGGGUGGGAACAGUGAUUGGACUGUAAAAUUGGGUAUUAACCUUUCUUACAGCGCUAUUCUCAGUCGCUCUCCGCUGUACAGUAAGCAGAUGCCUUACAACUCUGUCAUAUACAAUGCAUUCGGUCGCAGCUCUCCAGCAAAAAGCUCACCCUUGAAACCCGAAGUCUUUGGUAGAAGAUCUUCCAGACAGAGGAAAUAUGUUGUUGGAAAAUGGUGUGGUAAGGUUUGGAUGUCGCAUCAGGUGCAUCCCUUUUUGCUGGAGCAGGACUUAGAGGGGGAAGAAUCUGAAAGAAGUUGUCAUCUCCGAGCUGCUAUGGAUGAGGAUGCCGCUGGAAAGAGAUUUUUUCCUAAUAAUGUUUCUAGAGAUGCAACAACAAUGUUUGGAAGAAAGUAUUGUAGGAAGAGAAAGGUCAGGGCAAAGGCUGUGCCACGCAAGAAGCUUACUUCUUUUAAGAGGGAAGAUGGAGUUUCUGAUGACACAUCAGAAGACCAUUCUUAUAAGCAACAAUGGAGGGCUUCCGGGAAUGAGGAAGAGUCUUAUUUUGAGACAGGGAACACAGCUUCUGGUGAUUCGUCAAAUCAAAUGUCUGAUCAGCAGCUCAAGGGAAUUCGUCGACACAGGGGUGUUAAAGAAUUUGAGUCCGAUGAUGAGGUUUCAGAUCGUUCACUUGGAGAAGAAUAUGCUGUAAGGGAACGUGCAGUUUCAGAGAGCUCAACGGAGAAUAGCUUUCAGCUACAUGGACAUUCAAUCGACGAAAAUGCUUUCGAGGACUCUGUAUAUGGUCAUGAUGAUGAAAAACUCUACAGGCACCCUAAGGGUCUUCCAAGGAGCAAACGGACUAAAGUGUUUAGGAAUCCGGUUUCAUAUCAUUCAGAGGAAAAUGAUGUUUAUCAGCGAAGGGGAAAUAUUCAAGCUAGUCGAAUAGGUGGUGAGUAUGAGUCAGAAGAGGAUUCUCUGGAGGAACUGGACUUUUGCAGUACAAGGAAAAGACAAACAAGGUCCACAGCUAAACGAAAAGUAAAAACCGAGAUAGUUCAGGGUCCGAGAGAGACGAAUCAAGAAUUCGAUUCAUACAUGGAAGGACCUAGCACUCGGCUUAGGGUGAGAAUCCCAAAGCCCUCAAGAGUGUCUUCAGAAACGAAACCAAAGAAAAUUGGUAAGAAAGGAAGUCGUAAUGCUUCCUUCUCCAGAGUUGCAACUGAAGAAGAUGUAGAGGAAGAUGAAGAAGAAGAAGAAGAAGAAGAGAAUGAGGGAGAGGAAUGCCCGGCGUACCAAUGUGACAUGGAGGGUUGCACAAUGAGUUUUAGUUCGGAAAAACAGUUGACAUUGCAUAAAAGAAACAUCUGCCCUGUUAAAGGCUGUGGUAAAAACUUCUUCUCACACAAGUAUUUGGUUCAACACCAGCGAGUUCACUCAGACGACCGUCCUCUGAAAUGUCCAUGGAAGGGCUGUAACAUGACGUUUAAGUGGGCAUGGUCUAGAACUGAGCACAUAAGAGUUCACACAGGCGCUAGGCCUUAUGUUUGCGCUGAACCGGGUUGUGGUCAAACAUUCAGAUUCGUCUCUGACUUCAGCCGGCACAAACGAAAAAACCGGUCAUUCAGUUAAAAAGACCAAGAAAAGGUGACUGACUUAGGCCUUAACAUGGAAUCUAUCAUGAAGAGAUCAAUCCAUUGUUGUUGCAUAACAUAUUCUCCCUUUGUUGUAUUCUUUACUGUUACUUUGAUAAAUAAAGGAGCUGCUUGUACGAUUAGAAAGUUAAGGUGUGUAAUCAAGAAAAUCUUAAAAC